UCUGGGGCUGAGGGGAGGCCCGGAGCCUUUCUGGGGCCUGGGGGAUCCUCUUGCACUGGUGGGUGGAGAAAAGUGCCUGCAGCCAACCAGGGUCAGGCUGUGCUCAGAGUUUCCUCUGGCGGCAUGUAAAGGCUCCACAAAGGAGUUGGGAGUUCAAAUGAGGCUGCUGCAGUCGGCCUGAGGAUGGACCCCGAGCCCUGAGCGGUGCUGCCGAGCCCCAGACUUGCAGAGCAUGGCACUGAGGCAGCUGCCCGCCCCGCUGUGAGCAGAAGCAGGUUGUGAUCAGCCUGACAGCACCCAGGCCAGCCCCCGCCCAGCCCCGCAGAGCCGGCUGUGGGCAGAGCCGGCAGAGGCCAGUGAGGCAGUGCUGCUGGGCUGCCAGUGCGGCCUGCGACUUGGGUCCCCUCCUGGAGUCUGUGGACAGACUGCCACCGUGAAGCAUGUGAGCAGCCGCCCUGGGAGGCAAGCAGGAGGAAGAGGCUUUCCUAGAUUCCAUCUACAAAGAGUAACUACCACAUUGCAAGGACCAUGCGGCCGCUAUGCAUGACGUGCUGGUGGCUGGGACUGCUGGCCACGCUGGGAGCUGCUGCAGGCUCAGAGGAUGGCUUUGAGGGCACUGAGGAGGGCUCACAGAGUGAGUUUAUUUACCUCAACAGAUAUAAGCGAGCAGGUGAGUCCCAGGACAAGUGUACUUACACCUUCAUCGUACCCCAGCAGCGGGUUACCGGCGCCAUCUGCGUCAACUCCAAGGAGCCUGAGGUGCUCCUGGAGAACCGUGUGCAUAAGCAGGAGCUGGAGCUGCUCAACAAUGAGCUGCUCAAGCAGAAGAGGCAGAUUGAAACGCUGCAGCAGCUGGUAGAGGUGGAUGGUGGCAUUGUGAGCGAAGUAAAGCUGCUGCGCAAGGAGAGCCGCAACAUGAACUCGCGUGUUACACAGCUCUACAUGCAGCUCCUGCACGAGAUCAUCCGCAAGCGGGACAACGCACUGGAGCUCUCCCAACUAGAGAACAGGAUCCUGAACCAGACGGCUGACAUGCUGCAGCUGGCCAGCAAGUACAAGGACUUGGAGCACAAGUACCAACACCUGGCCACAUUGGCCCAUAAUCAGUCAGAGGUCAUCGCACAGCUUGAGGAGCACUGCCAGAGAGUUCCCGCUGCCAGGCCCAUGCCCCAGCCGCCCCCUGUCACCCCACCCCGGGUUUACCAGCCACCCACCUACAACCGUAUCAUCAACCAGAUCUCCACCAAUGAGAUCCAGAGUGACCAGAACCUGAAGGUGCUGCCACCACCACUGCCCACCAUGCCUGCCCUCACCAGCCUCCCAUCCUCCACAGACAAGCCGUCAGGCCCGUGGAGAGACUGUCUGCAGGCCCUGGAGGAUGGCCACGAUACCAGCUCCAUUUACCUGGUGAAGCCUGAGAACACUAAUCGCCUCAUGCAGGUGUGGUGUGACCAGAGGCAUGACCCCGGGGGCUGGACAGUCAUUCAGAGGCGCCUGGAUGGCUCUGUCAACUUCUUCAGGAACUGGGAGACAUACAAGCAAGGGUUUGGGAACAUUGAUGGUGAGUACUGGCUGGGCCUGGAGAACAUUUACUGGCUGACGAACCAAGGCAACUACAAACUGCUGGUGACCAUGGAGGACUGGUCUGGCCGCAAAGUCUUUGCAGAAUAUGCCAGCUUCCGUGUGGAGCCAGAGAGCGAGUAUUACAAGCUGCGGCUGGGGCGCUACCAUGGCAAUGCAGGUGACUCCUUCACCUGGCACAACGGCAAGCAGUUCACCACCCUCGACAGAGACCAUGAUGUCUACACAGGAAACUGCGCUCACUACCAGAAGGGAGGCUGGUGGUAUAAUGCCUGUGCCCACUCCAACCUCAACGGGGUCUGGUACCGAGGGGGCCAUUACCGAAGCCGCUACCAGGAUGGGGUCUACUGGGCUGAGUUCCGAGGAGGAUCCUACUCACUCAAGAAAGUGGUGAUGAUGAUCCGGCCCAACCCGAACACCUUCCACUAAGCCUGCUCCCCUACUGACCUUGUGUGGCCAUCACCAGGAACCCGCCCCGGCCUUGCAGGCCCAGCACAAUGAGCAACUCCUCACCAGUUCUUCUCGGGAGGACUAGAAUCCUGGAUUCUGUUUUCCCAAGUCACUGUGCCAGAUAAUGGAAUGGAACUCCACAGUGCUCUCUGUCCCUCCUACUUCUCUUCACACCAGAAAGCCCCUCAUGCUUCCAGAGCAGGACAGGACUGAUGACAACUUUGUUUAAAAAAAAUGAAGUCUCUACAAUAAAAACACAACUGCAGAUUAUCUUUACAAUAUACAGUGCAUGAGCCUCCCCUGUGCACUUGCGUGUAUACCUCACGUGUACGCACUUAGAUACACACCCCUUGUGAUAUGCCUAGAUAUACACACGGGUUUGCCAUAUAACAUACUCUAGAGUAUGUUAUACUCCAGUUAUGUACUCUCCUCAAUUCUCAGAUGUUGAAGCUGUCGCCAACAGCUUUGCUCUUAGGAAUAAAACAUUUCCUUAGUGCUGUGUGGCUGGAGCUUACAGGUAGAUCACAAGCUGUGUAGCACCAAAGACUAAUCCUUGGCCUGCUAUUGGUGUGCCUGGAUUCUUCCAGGAGGGUUUACAAGGCUCAUCUCUCACAUAGGAGUUCCUCUCUUAAGAACAGGAACAGCUAGUCAAAUUUCAAAAUCCCCUUACUUCUCCAUUUAUGUGCCUUUCCCAUUCUCAGGACUCUUCGCUGUCCCUCCACCCAGUACACUCAUCCAGCACCUCCUGUGCCUCUGCCCCUGGCUGCUCACGGUAGUUUGAGGCACCUCUUCUCUUCCUACCCAUGUCUACCUUUUCUGCCACGGAGACCUUCUUUCCAGGCAAGAUUCCUCCACCUCUGAGAAGGAAACAGUUCAGACUUGGGUUCUGCCUGGAAAAGGGGAGGUCAGACCAAAAGCUACAGCAGUGACCACACAGACUAUGUAUUUAGCUUCGUAUGCUCCAUUCAUACUUCAGCUUCUACUUCAUUUUAACCUCCACACAAAUAGCAGCCUACCUUGCCAGAGACGCUCAGCUGAAGGGAACUUAAUGUCAGGGCAUAGGGGCCCCAUGAUGGCUACAGACUGGAGGUCCCACCACAGGCAAAUCAGAGCCCGCACCUCAUCCAUGAACUACACUUUCCCGGAGGACAAGGGCCACACACAGAACUGGCUGCUUCUCAGGAGUUGCUGGAUCACCGGGCCUCCAGAACCCUGCUGUUGCUCUGCAGCACGGCAGCUUCCUAUGUCCUGUUUGGCUCCACAGUGCCAGGAUGACUGCCAAGCCAGGGGCAAGAGAUGAUUCAGGAGGGUGAGAUCCUCCCGGUGGGCACAUGGGUCAGGUCUGUGAGGUGUGCGGUGUUUGGUACUGUCCACGUCUAGGUGCAAGCCUGUUACCUCAGCAUUUCUCAGAAGUGUACCAUGUAGCAUGUUUCAUGUAUAUAAAAGGGAGGUUUUUUUUUUUUAAUAUAUUCCCAGAUCAUCCUUGUAAUGACAUGAAUUUGCAAUAAAAGCCAUCAGUGCUACGUGGAUGUACCUGCA